UGAAGUUCGGCCCACUUUUGAGACCGAGACCACCAAGCCCAAUCAACUCGAGUCACAACUCACAAGCGAACAUAGCUUUCAUGUUUAGUGGUGGAGAAGGAAUUGUGAUCCUUGUUUUUCUUUUCGGUAUUUUUUUUUUCAAAGACAAGCCCAAAGGGCAUGGGACAAAAACUCGACACAAUUACAAGAACGACUCAAAAUAAAUACGUUAGUCCGUAUGCAACCAGACUACGAUGAAAGAGCCUGUUAAGCCACUACUUGGGCCGCUCUGAAGAAGCUCCGAGGAGCAAAGACACGACACUGACGGGGAAAUAAAACAAAAACACAAACACAAACCCAAGAUCUCCACAAUAGUUCCGCCAGCGAGUGUAAUUUCCUUCAACGGAGUAUGCCGGAUGAUCGGAAUCGAGUUGCAACAAAAAUCCACAACAAAGAAAAUAAAGGGACAUUAGCAAUCUUCGACAGAGAAAGCUUAAUUAUUCUCAUAAAUUUGUAUAAAUGAAUAAGACUAAACUGUCACCUGAUAGAUUGAUGAAACUUCCUUCAAUUGCUUUCAUACCAUAUGAGCACCUGAAAAUGACCAACCAACAAUGCACGACUAUGGUGCUAGAAAUCUCUGUCUAAAGAGAUAAAAGUCUACCGAUGAGACAUAAUCGGGAUUACCGAAUAUACCACUCCAAAAAUGUGGUGUAGUCACCAAUAUGAACUAAAAGAGGGAAAUCAAGAGCAAGGUAAUUACACAGAUGGAAGUAUUAAUUUGACAAGUAAUUAAAUCAAACAAAAAUUAUUCCAGUAGCAUAAAUAACGAAAAUGUGAAAUUCAAACCGGGAAUAAAAGGAAAAGAAUAGUCAUAGACACUACCUAGACAGAUAAGGUCAUUUUAAAUUAUAGAAAUUAGCAAGCUAAUUAAAUAAGAGCAUUGAUUGCAAUUAAACUCCGCCAACAAGGACAACUGAAGCAACUCAGCAUAAAUUACUCUCAGAAAGUUCUAAAAUUAAAAUGGAUAAUGACUCCAAAACGUUACAAUUAAUACACAUAGAAUUUGAGCCAAAAUAGGUAACUGCAGAAAUCACUUUGAGAAAUUUUUAAAUAUAAAAGAGAGGUAAUGACCCCAAUAAAUUUGGCGAGAAUUGAUACUCAAAGAAUUUGAACCAAAAAGGGUAAUUGCAGAAAUCACUCCAAGCGCAAAAAAAAAAACGGAAAUUCACAACUAAAAUUAAAUACGAGCUUAUCAUCAUUGCCGGAAACGGACCGGACAACAAUGUACAAUCCGAGCACGGCGGGGGAAUGAAAGCGUGGUCGGCGAGAAAGACAAGAUGAAACUGAAACGGAGGACUCUGUUGAAAGUGGUGGUUCUUGAUCCGGUGAGGCAGCAAAACAGAACAAGGAAUAGAACGUAUAAACAAUCGACAAAUUCAGCUUCGACCUAUUGAUUCAACCAAAUCCCUAAAUCUGACUAUUGCAUCGCAGAUUUAAAUCUAAAGCCAGAUUCACGAUGAAGUCCUGAGCUUUCCCAAGAACAGAUCGAAACCCAAAAACCAAUUCUGUUCAUACUUCACAGAUUCGACAAACCCACGAAAAAAUUGGACAAGAACUGUUGUCAAAGUAUAAAAGAGAUGAGAUUGGAAAACUCCGCACCUUGACCAGCUUGGAAAUGGAGCUCAGAGAUCGGCCGAUUCUCCUCCCAGGAGAAAGAGAGAGACCCACCAAGAGACGGAUCCGAAAAUCAAGAGCUCUCACCGUUCAAGAUUCGGAAAUUGUUGAAGGAAGGAAGAAGCUUUUGGAUACGAAGAAGGCAAAGAGCUCUCACGAACUGGAAAAGCGUCGGAGCUGUUUGUUUGCCGCUUUACCGUCCAGCAAUGGACCCUCGGCUGGAAUUGAUACUUUGAGCCAGAAAACGCCGAAAGGAGUUGCGCCUGCACCUGCGCGUAGUGACCGGAGCCUUUUGCAAACCGUCCAAAGCUAGUUAGACUGAUGGUUUUUUUUAGUGUCACUCUUCUUUUCGGUAUUGUUUGCUUAUUGAAUUUGAGUGAUGGAUAUGGCACCCAAAUCUCAAACAUUUUGAACUUGAAGAAGUCUAUCAUUUGUCGGCUAUAGAAAUAAAACACAAAUUUGUGGCACCCACGAAUUUGAGUAUUUUUUUGGACCCAAAUCCGUGGGCCCCACAGAUUCAUCAAUCUCGCGUUUUAUAUGGGGUUUGACUAUGGACAGAAAAUAGUUGAUGAAAACUGACACUCCUGACCACUUAAUACCUCCAUAUUCCACAUUUGACCUUCUUGAGCUAUUUUGUCGCAACUAUCGUCUAUCGAUCUCUAUCGAUCUCUGGGUUGGCUGAUGAAGUGAUUUUGAAUCCUAAUAAACCUCUAAUUCCAUAAUCAAAUCUAGUAUUUUAACCCUAAAACCUCAAGGCUGUAAGUUUUUAUCUUUCUCCGAUGAUGACUCGAUAUUUGCACAUGUUUUCCCGUUCAUUUAUUGAUCGUUUAACUCGUAAGUUGAUCAUUCCUUGGCCUAUUUUACGCUAGGUUGUGUUCCUUUGUCACAGUUCAGGUCUUAUCACAUAAAGUGAAGCAUAGGCGCAAGUUUCAAGUCAAUCGGAGAUCAAUGGGCGACUCAGGGGGAGAAACUCGGGCAUGACUUGAGGAAGAAUGGAUUUCUACCUCAUUUUAUUGAUAAAGAAUCAUUGACACGCUAAAACACAACACCAAACAAUGGCCAAGUGUAACCAAUGAAAGGGACCGCAGUAUAGUGGCACAAGUAAUAAAUAUCGAAUCCACGGGUCUCUAGAGUUACUAUUACUCAGCUUCAGUUCAUUAUCUAGCAAACUAGAUUAAGGAUUGAUUUAUAAACUACUCUACUGACUACUCUACUAAUUACAAGUUGGGAACUCACUUAGGUAUGAUUCCCCCUAGCUCCUCAAUUAGGUCCAAGUUGCAAUUACUUUUGGUUGGUCUACUAUUGAUUAAACUGCGGAAGAUCCUAAAUUAGCUUGGAAUCUCUUAAGCUGACCAAGCCUCUUAGACCAAAUACCCGGCAGGCGACUAGCCUUCACCGGGGUAGACUGCUAAGGCGAUUCACACAGAUCUCCACUACUGGAAUGAAUUCCAGUACAAAGCAGUGAAUUGAUUGACUCUCGCACAAACAAUUUACCACUAUCAAUCAAGGAAGCUCUCUUAACCUAAUCAGAUUCUAUCUAUCAUAGGUUAAAGCAGAAAUCAAGAGAAGAUGAUCAGGUUUCAAUUGACUCUAUAAAUCAUGCCUCAAUCGAUUAUAAUCAAACAAUAUAGCAUCCAAAACUUCAUACAAGAAAGAUCCUAACACAUGGAACUAGGGUUCCUCAAAACCUAAGUGAAGGGAAGUUACUCCAUAGAGAAGAGAGAGACUGCAGAAAUCUGAUCUAGAUCUUCAAUCUCCAUCUCCAAGCUUGAUUCCCGAGCUCCAAUGGCGAAGAAAUCCUCCAAAAUAGC